UUGUGUUCUGUGCUGAAUUGAGUGGUGGUUUCUCUAGUUAACUUGUGUGUCUGGGAAAAGUAAUUUUGUUAUUUUUCUAGAACUUUCUUUUGAACUUCCUUCUAUUCUUAAGAGCCAAACCUGUGAACAGCUCAGGUUAUGCUGCAUUACUGUAGAACACAAGGUGCAUGUGGAUGGAAAUUGCUUAAUGGAGAGAGCAAAUGAAAUUAUUUUGAUUCUUCUUAUAAGGUUGCUGUUAACUUUAUCUGUUGGUGAGUGAGAGCAGUUAGAGUUCAUCUUCUAAGGUUGAAUAAAUGCUGUUUCUAAUAUAGAAUUCUGCCUCAAGUGGUAUUUUUUUAUUUGUUCGUUGUUUUUUGGCUUUUUUUUGUGGUGGGGAUUUUUGGCUUUUUUUUGUGGCGGUGGUUUUUUUGGCUUUUUUUUUGUGGUGGCAGUGGUUUUUGGUGUUCUGCUUUUUUUGGCGGUGGGGGUGGUUUUUUGUUUUUAAUAUGGUGGGAAGUUAAACUUCAAGCAGACAUAGAACACACCAGAGAAAAAUUUCUGUGGUAUGUUGCUGGAGACUCAACAUGCUAAAUAGUGAAUUAUUGACUUAUUUUUGUAUAUAUAACACACAGACUCAAGAAAUGUCAUAAUUACAGUUUUGGAAAGGUUUUCUAAUGCAAACAUAAGCAACGGAUACCGCUGAAAGCUGGAUGAAUAGCUUGAAUGCAAUGAGCUUUCUUUCUCCGGAGUCUGCUGCUCCAGCUGAGUCUGGCGUUUGCCCCUGUGGGGGGAGGGAAAUGGGCUUUUAAAACUCUGGGUGAAGUUUUUGUGUCAUGUGGCGAUUGGAGAUAUAAGUUGGUCACUUGGUCUCAUUCAGGGAGGGAUGCCUAAAGUAAAUUUGAGUGGGUUUUUUUUUCUCAUGCUUUACCUUUCAACUACCUAAUUUUCCACCUGAUCAGGCAACAUUACCACAAUAUAUGGCACACACUUCUUUUCCAACGAGUCCUGUAAAUGCCCGGGAAAGACUAACACCACUCACCUGUGCCGUGGAUACUGGGGACUCCAGGUGCGUGUGUGGCAGCACCAGGCCUGGAGGAGUAGAUGGUGCCAUUUGGACACUGCUGUCUGAACGUGUUUGUAAUCUGAAAUAGAGAUGGGAAUGACACUUUGUGAGGGUUCUGUAGGACCGUCCCUCAGGGAUGCAGGAUAGUUUUUCUGCCCUCAGGAUCGUGGAGCGUUUCCCACCACUCGGGGUCGGGCGCCCACCCUUCACAGAAGUAGCCAUGUUUCCCCUUACGGGAAGAGCUGCGUCACCCCUCCUUGUCAGCUGUGUUUCCCCUGACAGGAGAAGCGACGUUUCCGCCCGCCGCUGUCGGGCGUUCUCCCCUCACAGUCAGGGCUCCAUUCGGUGUGCCGUGGCCUGCCCCGUCCAUCCACACGUGAGGCGGCCGCUUACGCGGUAAGGUUGAGCCUCUGGGGCUCCCGUCGGGGCACCGCUGAUCCGCGGAGCGCCGGCAACCGCCGCAGAGGCUCUUACUCCGCUACUGCCAUGUCCUCCCUGGCCAAAGCCUCCGGCGCGCUCAGAUCCGUGGAUUACGAAGUGUUCGGGCGGGUGCAAGGUGUUUGUUUCAGGAUGUACACAGAACAGGAAGCCAAGAAAUUAGGAGUUGUUGGCUGGGUUAAAAACACCAGCCAAGGAACCGUGACAGGCCAAGUUCAGGGCCCAGAGGAGAAAGUGAAUGAAAUACUCCUUAGCAACCAAGACUUUUCCUGCCAACCUGCUGGAAAUCAGCUCUGUGGAGAAGGACCCAGGGAUCCUACUGGACACCAAGGUAUCCCUGACCUUGUACUGUGGGGGCCAGGAAAGCUGGUGGGACCUGGGAUGCGUUGGAAGAGCAUUCCCAGAAGGUCAGGGAGGGAAUCCUGCCCUCUGCCCAGCCCUGGGAAGCACAUCUGGAGUGCUGUGUCCAGUUCUGGGGUCAUCAGGACAAGGAGCUCCUGUGAUGGCUGCGGAGAUGAGGAAGGGCUUGGAGCAUCUCCCUGCCCAGGAAAGGCUGAGGGAGCUGGAGCUGUUCAGCCUCCAAAGGAGCCCCAGCUGAGAGGGGCUUCAUCCUUGGGUGUACCUGUCUGCAGGGACCAGGCUGUGUUCCAGGGGGCCCAGCCAUAGCCCAAGACAAGCAGGCAGGAGCUGUUUCCACCUGGACAGGAGGAACAACUUCUUGGAACAGUUUCCCUCUCUGGAGAUGUUCCAGAACCAGCUGGGUACGAUCCUGCAUUUUGUGGUGGGCCUGAGCCACUGUGGUCCCUUUUUCACUUGACCCAUCCUGGGAUUCCAGUUCUGGCAAUGUUGAUGUGCCUUGUGGCUGUUUUGAGCAUAAAACCAGUGGAUGUGGAGCCCAGGUGUUGUGGAGAGCUGUUGCUCUGCCUUGAUCUGUGCAGAUUUAGGUCUUGUUCAUACUUUUUUCCACAGUUAACUCUGCUCUAAACCAAUUUUGUAGGCUUCAUCUGUCCUCUUUGCUGAGUUCCUAAGUCAUCAUUGUGCUACCAAGCAGCAGAGUGCUGGGAACAUGCAGCUGCCACUUAAGGUGUGCAAUGGACUGCAGAUGUGGCAAGGUAGCCUUGAUUUGUAAGGGUAGUAAAGAGACAAAAAUGGGAGAGACAACAAGAUUUAUCUGCAUAGAACUGAAUGGGAAAGCUGCUCCUUGUUCUGAAUUAAGUGUUCCCUGCACCCCCUUUAGUGUCUCUGCUUGGGUCUGGUGUUCAGCCAGGUUUCCAUCAGAGUGUAUGGAUGCUCUGUUUAAAUGGGGCAGCUUUGUACUGCUCAUGGUUCAUGUUAAAGCUGCAGCCACACAACCAUUUUUGUCCCAUGUGCUUGUGGUAAGUGUAAUUGUGUUAAAAUUAUACAUGCAGAUAAAGGCCUGGAUUGUUUAUGCAUAGUUUUCUGUUGUGUUAAUUUGUUUUCCUUAGGGUUCUCCCUGUUUGUUUUCUAAUUAGUCUUGUAAAGGUUGUAGAUGUUUUUAGGUGGAAUAAAGAGGUUUUAUUUUCUGCCCUGUUGCUUCAGGUUUGGUCAUUUGAUGUUUGUGGGUCACCCCAGCUGUGUAUCAGUUGUGUAUCUGGGAAAAACGUGUGUCUUUUCCUAGUAAAAUCAGUGGUUUGUGGUUUGUGAAAGGUAGGGAACUGUCAUCCCUUUACCAGUUCUUGGGAGCCAUCCAGCAUUUUGGAUCUGUGAGUGCUGUGGGGUUUGUAGAGAAUCUGCUGCAGCAAUUCAGAGCACUCGUUCUCUAGCUUUAAACACAGGGAGAGGAGUCAAAGUUUCAUUUAACCAACACCUACGACUUCAUUAGCUGGACAGGUUUUGCUGUCUAUUUAUCCUUUUGCUGUCUGUGUGUUUAUCCUUUUGCUGCUGCUGCAGGAGCAAGGCAAAGCAGGAGAUAUUAAUAUUUAAUGAAAUUUUAUGGAUCUCAACUGCAAUUGUGUUGCUUUUUAGCUGGAGGUGUUACCCUUUGAAGUUCCUGCUGGAUUUCUUUGUCUGAGAAGCUCAGCCCAGAUUUCUCAAGCUGAUACACUUAAUCCUUGAGUUAGUUAUAUUACCAGUUGUUUGGGUGCAUUUGUAGGAGAUCAGACUCUUGGCUUAAAAAUAUUUAUAAGUUAAUAUUCAGAGUAGAAAAUUAUUGUAGUGGUUAAGUUUCCUAGAGAUGGUCACUGAACUGAUUCUUAACAUACAUCUUGAAGAUGAAGGACCCUUAAGAAAUGGACCCAUCAAUAUUUAUGAAUUUUGGGGCUUUGUCUUCCAUUAUUGGGAAAGGUAAGUCACUAAUAAUGUCCAACACUUAAAAAUGGGCUGAAAAUAAUGAUUUAAAGCUGAAAUGUGGAGUUUUAUCUGAGACGCUUAAAAAUUAAAGAAAUGUCAUAGUAUUUUUCUACAUAUUGGAUCAAUAUGUGGAUAAAUAAGCAAAAUUACAUAAAGGGGAGCUUGUUUCUAUCAUGACGUCAAAGGAGAAUGAAGGAACAGAAGGAUUUACAUCCCAGUAGUAGAUACGUCAAUAUUUGAAUCCUGAACUAAUUUCUACUGUUUCAGUAAACAAAUAAAUAUGUAGACAAGUCUGUCCUGUACUAAGUUUAAAGCCAAAAUAGAUGUUUUAAUUAAAUAAGUCUUUUUUUGCUGCUUUAUAUUAUGAGGGAAAGUUGUUCUCUGGUAGAGAUGCAUUUCUUUACUUGCAGGCACCUUCCUAAUAACCCUUGUGCUAUUUGUCCUGUAGCAAAGGAGCGGGAGAGCCAAGUUCAGUGUGGGAAUUCUGAACAUAUAAUGAAAGGUUUUGGCUUUAUUUGGGCUCCACAGUCCACACACAGAAUUUCAUUACAGGGCAGGAAAGUGUUUGAUGUAAUUGGAAUUAUUUAUUUACUAAUUUGUCAAGUUCUGUGGCCAAAUGCCCUUGAUUGCCAAUAAAACUGAUGCAGCAGCUCUGUAUUAGGUUGGUUAUGGCAUUAUGUGUGUUUAAUGCUUGGAAUCAGCAUUACAGGUAUUCAGUGGCUCAUGAAUUCGUGGAAGUCCUUGCUGACUGAGUUCUGGCAUCUGUUGACUUCCCAGUACCAGGAUUUCCAGUCUCAUGGAACAGUUUGGUUUGCCUAAAUAGCAUGUAUCUGUCCAAGAGGAAAUGUGCUCUGGUGAUUGGUAUCUAAGAGUUUGAGGGAUGGCUUGUUUUAAAAAUGAGUGUCUUUUGAAUUGGAAAUCUAUAUAUGGUUGAGCAUAUAUUCUAUGUAGAGUUGUCACAGUCAAGAUUAGCUUUUUAUAUUUUUUUUUACUCUACGUAUAAAUGCAGAUUUGCCCUCUGUAUGAUC